GUGUGUUGAGCACGUGGAUUCCGUCAAAUAAAACAUUGUGAUGUGCGAAGCCCAAAAAUAGUUAGGUUAAGACAUGAUUGAAGACGUUGAAAGUAGUUUAGUGUCGUCAAAAUUAGAAGUUGUCAGUGGCAAACAACAAAAUGGGGUUGGAAACCACGAAGAAAACAAUAAUAAACACCCCGCAGAUGGGGGAUCAAGAGCUUGGGUGAUAAUGUUGGCGUCAUUCUUUUGUAAUGGAAUAUUAUUUGGUGUCAUCAAUUCCUAUGGUGUGCUUUAUUCAGAAUUCCACGAUAAUUUACUUAAAAGAAACGUUACAAAUGCAUCUGGAAAAGCAGCUUUGGUGGGCUCCUUCUCAAUGGGCACAGUAUUUUUCGUUUCUCCAGUAGCUGGAGUACUUACUGAUUAUAUCGGCAUCAGACGGACUACUUUCUUGGGCGGUGCCAUAGCUUCUGGUGGCAUGUUACUUUCAUCUUUCUUCAUCGAGGAUAUAGUAAUCAUGUGCAUUACGUAUGGAGUUAUGUAUGGACUAGGAGGAGCUUUAAUGUACACUCCAUCACUGGCCAUUUUAGGACACUACUUUAAAAAAUAUUUAGGAAAAGUAAAUGGAUUUGUAACAGCUGGCAGUUCGGUGUUUACGAUAGCGAUGCCAUAUUUGAUAGAUGUAUUUUUGAAAAAUUUUGGGAUAGAAUGGACCCUGAGGUUUCUAGCCUUAAAAUCGAGUUUCAUCAUGCUGUUUGCCUUCCUAUUUAAGCCAGUAACUACAACUAGUUCAACCAAAAGGAAGCGAAUAUCAUUUCGCAGUAUUUUUAACGUCGCAUUACUAAGAAAUUUUAGAUAUGUCGUGUGGGUGUCUACGAUCGCAUUUUCAUUAUUCGGCUAUUUUGUACCAUACGUCUAUAUGUCGAAACUUGUGAAGGAGAAAUUUGAAGAUGGCUCAGAUACUAAGCUGCCCAUAAUGUGUAUUGGAAUAGCAUCAGGCAUUGGAAGACUUAUUUUUGGAUAUAUAGCUGAUUUGCCAAAUGUGAACAGGAUAUACAUGCAACAGCUCAGUUUCUUUAGCAUAGGUCUAAUGACUAUGUUAUUACCUUUCACCGUUGGACACUAUCCAUGGCUGGUUGUCAUUACGUUAGCCAUGGGGCUUUUUGACGGCUGUUUUAUUUCUCUCUUAGGUCCUAUUGCAUUUGAUCUCUGCGGCCGUGAAGGGGCUACCCAAGCAAUUGGUUUCCUGUUAGGAUUAUGCUCAAUUCCGCUGACUCUCGGACCUUAUGUUGCUGGUCUAAUUCUCGACAGCCAGCAUAGUUAUACGUUGCCAUUCGUGUUGGCUGGUAUCCCACCUGUGAUAGGCUCAGUAGUAAUGUUUGUGAUAAAAUGUUCAGAAGCCCCGUUAUCGAAUGUUUCCAUAAGAAGAACGAAUUUUGUUAAAGAAGAACCACAUGAAAAAGGUACGCUUUUAAACAAAUUCAGGCGAUCAAGUCUCGUAGAUCAAGGAAUAAAUGAUAGAUCUUUUAAUAUUAAAAGAUAUAGAUAUUCAAGUAUGUGAUAUAAUAAGAUA